AUUGAACUGUCAGAACCGGAGUGAAUUUCAAAACCUACACAAAGACUCUGGGGAACUGCCCCCACUAUUUGUCUUCAUGUCUGGUGGACUGGUCCCCUCUCAUCUCGACCUGAACUAUUGCAUAACCAACGCAUUCUCAGAGAGCUUCACUCAGAAAAACAUUACUUGGUAGGCACGCAAUAUACUGACUCAUUCGUCAGGACGAGCUUGGAACAGGAUAAGGCUGUUGGUGGGGCAAGUCAGUAUGCAAAUCUCGCAUGUUCAACUGGAACUUUUUUUUCAUUUUGGACUUCCUCAAUCUAGAACAGAUUCCGUACGGACACACCUGGAGACUGAAGUAGCCAGAUAUUCCCUCAGGAUUAUCAGUUACCUGCAAAUCGCCAGAUUUAUUUUUAUCUUAAGCUAGGUUGCGAGACCAGAAGUGGCUGCAAGAUGAGCAGCAUUUCAGCGAUUGGAUGUUUGUUUCUACUUGGCUUUGGGCUCAGUCUAGCUGGAGCUGAUGGUCAACCAAAGCAUCUUGAGUGUUACAAUGACUAUCUCAAGGAAAUUAUCUGCACCUGGAAUGUACACCCAAACACAAACUGUUCAGCUGAUUACAGACUGCAAUAUGAGUUAGUGAAUCUAUCGUUGAACAAUGAGACGAGAGAUAUUAAAACUCUUCCAGGAUCAAUUUGUCAAAGCAGCGUCAUGGCACCAACUUUGGUAUUUCAUGCCACAUAUAAAAUUAAGGUCAUCUUCAAAGGAAUUGUAGCUCUCUCCAAAAACAUUACAUCAUCACAGACCAUCAAACCCUUGGCUCCGUACAACCUCAAGAUAAACACUUCAGGAAACAACGAGCAGCUCCUGGUCUGGGAUGAUGAUUACAAGGACGCAUUUAUUAAAAACAACCUGAAGUAUCAAGUCACUUACAUGACACCAGGAGGAAACUGGAAGAUGAUUAACACAACAAACCAGAAAAUGCUGGUCCUCCGAUCAGUGCUGGAGCCUGGAUACACUUACCAUCUGAAGGUUCGUUCCAAACCGCUACCAAACUACGAUGGAGUGUGGAGUGAUUGGAGCAUCGAAUGCGUGUGGCCUUAUGAUUCCUCUGACUUGAUUUCAUCAGCAUUAAUUGUCUUGUGCAUCAUCAUCCCUCUACUUGUGGCUCUCUGCUUCUUCGGUUUCAAGUUCGCAAAAAAGAGCUGGUGGGAGAAUAUUCCCUCGCCUCAGAAGAGUGCUCUAUCCAAGGAAAGCUUUGACAAGUUCCAGAAAUUUGGACGUGUUUUCAGUGAAAAUACGCUUGAUAAUUGCAAAGUGGAGAAGAUUUCAUGCACCAAUGAGCUGCCAUGUUUCAGGGAGAAAAACAGGAUUGAAAGUCCCGUUGACCAACUUUGCACAGUGAACAUCAACUUUCCAGCCGUUCAACCCUUGAUGGAUGUCUCCAGAUCCGAUGAGAAAUUCCCCUUCCCUCACUUUUCAGGUUUCAGUUUCCCAGUGCUGACAGAGUCCUUGUCCCCUUUCCCGUUGCCCUUUGAGGAUUUGUCUUUGAGUGUCUCAGAUGGUCCAGGUUACACCUUGUUCAACAGUGUCAGCAAAGACCAAUGGGCAGUACAUGAAGAUGACAAGUACCACCCAUUCACCAGAAAUGAAGACAAAGACUUCCCGCUCACGCUGAACACUUACUCACUUUGCCCAGAUACUGAUAGUAAGACAACUGGAUCUUCUGAGCAAAUUGGUUAUAAGGCUUUCAAUAGCUGUUUGGCUGCACCCUGGGCCAAAGCAGCAAGAAGUGGAUGGAACUCAGGAGAGCAACAGAGCUCAGAGGUGAUUCAAACACAUUUGGUGUCUGGUGACAUCAAGUCAACCGAAUAUAUGUCUUCUGAUAAACUGACAUUUAAAUCAAGUAACGAGGUGGCGCCAAACUGUGAACUGGAUGAAGUUCACAACACAUUGUGUAAUUUCACUCUGGGCGCUGGGACUCACUUCCCCAUGGACCCCUUCCCGAUGUUCUGUGAAAGCCUUCAGUCUUUGGCCUUUCAUUCAAAUGGUCAGGAAGAGCCAGGGUGGUGGCAGCCCUGCCCCAUCCAUAGUGUGCCUGGUGCAGCAGUGAGCCUGGCAGGGUCUGACCUUGACUCACGUCUUGUACCCCCUCAGGAUUGCUGCCUGAGACUGGAGCCAACCUUGGGCACACUGAGCCAAGGACAUGUGGGUCAAGUGGAGCCAGGCACUGAGGGCAAUACUGUGAAAAAGGACCAGAUGAAAUACAUUGUGGUCCCAGAGGAUGCUGAGCUAGGCCUGAGUGAGCUGACACCCUACAUGAAACUGUCCCUACUCAAUGUGCAAGCAACAGAUAAAAGUCAGGGAGCGGAGCCAAUUCACCCCCCAGCCAAACAAGUGCAUCUUAAAUGUUAAGGAAAACAUUUUAAAAGUGGAAUAUAUGGAAGAUAUAUUGCCUGUACUUACAGAUGUGUUUCUUUUAAAUUACAUCCUAAAUCUUAAAACCACACUGAGAGAUGUUAACAAAAGCAAAAUGCUGCAGAUGCUGGAAAUCUGAAAUAAAAACAAAAAAUGCUGGAGUUACUCAGCAGGGCUGGCAGCAUCUGUGGAGAGAGGUCCUUGACCAUAAACAUUAAAUUUGUUUCUCUGUGCACAGAGAGAAGUUAACCUUGGUGAGAGUCACAUUGUGUCCAUGAUGCAGCUUUGUGACAGAAAACUGAUCCCCUCUUGCAAGGUUAACAGCUCAUUUCUCAUGUCAAAGGGAGGAAGGAAGAGCAGAAGAGAAAGGGGAAAGAGGAAGAGAGAAAGAGGGAGACGGAGGGACCAAGAGGAAGAAAGAAAGGAGAGGAAUAGAGAGACGGAGGGAGGGCAAGAUAUACGUUUGCAAAAUCCUUUCUCUCAGUGGAGCUCCACAUCAGAUUGGUAAAUUGUGAGACUGAACAGAAUCUUCAUAAUUAAAGGCGGCAAUUUCUUAUGCUUCCAAGAUGCUGUUUGACCCCCCUUGACCUUGAGUUGCCUGUAAGCUCCAUCAAAGGAGGAAUUGGGAUUGUGGCCGUGUGUGGAUUCCACCUUCACCCCUUUGUAGGAUGUUGGCACAGGGUUGGCCCAUUGGUGGUCCAGCCAUUCACAACAACUUUGGAGCAGAGGCCCAAAAGGUGCUGAGAGGAGGGUUUGUGUCCCUAUGAGUAAGACAGGGAGAAGGGAAUGAGGGGAAAGAGAGAAUGAGCUGAUGGAGUGAGGAGAGAGGGU